AUGGCCAAAGACAACAACAAUGCCCCGCAGCAGGGCUCUAUCCUAGCCGGCAAGGCCGAGCAGGCUGCUUCCGAAGCGGGUCCGUCGAGUCCCGAGCCGGCCGACCCGGCCCCGGCCUACGAGGAAGUGGCUUCGACCGCCGCCGAAGCCCCGACGCUUUCGGACCCCUUCAACUUCCCGUCCAAUGCCGAGCUGCCGGCGUACGAGGCCCGGGGCGGCUCGAGCUCAUCCGCCGACGGCGACCGGGUCAUUGCCAUCCCCCAGGCCGUGCCGGACCCGGUCGCCCCCUUUGUCCAGGCCUACCCCGUCGCCCUCCUCCGCUACGGCAUCACCGAAGACGGCUGGCGCUCUUUCCUCGAGACCAUGUCGGGCUUUCUCACGGCAAAGGUCUCGGACCGUGCCAUCAGCCACGCUGGCGAAGUGGCCCAACACUUGAGCCAGGGGCCCAAGGCGUUUGGCAAGGGCGUCAUGACCCACGCCAAGUCUGUCGGCAAGGGCAUCGCCAACGAUGCCCGCCGCGGCAACUUCAUCGGCGCCGCUUUCGGGCUCAUCGAGGGCGUCGUCUCCAUCCCCGUGGCCACGGCUGUGGGCGCGGCGGGCACGGCUCUGCAGCUCCCGGGAUCAGCCCUCGGUGCCCUCUCAACAAGGCCGCAGACUCCGCUCGAGCGCGCAUCCGCCUACGCGGCGGUGGCUAACAAGGAGUGGCUGAACGCUCGCGGUCUCCAAGCCCAGCUGGUCGACUCGGCCGCCCUCGCUCGAUCUCUUGGCCUUUCUGUCCACACGCUCCUGGACCUGGCUCGCGGGGCCAAGAAGGACAGUGCGGCUGGUCAGCUACAGGCUCUGCAAGUGCACAUAUCGCCCUUGCAGGUCGAAGAGGCUGCCAUAUUGACCUUGGCUGCCGGCUCGCUCUGGAUGGUGCUGGUGCCGGUGAGCCCGCGGGAUGAAGCGAGCUGA